UCAAUUUUGUUUUUAUACCCCACACGUACAUUACUCGGCUGCUGCCACGAUUAUAACUUCUCAACAAGGACUUUCCCGCCGCGCAGCCAAAAAGCUUACAGGCCAAAGCUUUUCUCAAAUCAAGAUGGUUUACAAGGGAAGCAUCAGCUACCGCAACGACGACGUCAACUAUGUCCGGAUAACUCCGAACGUGGAGGCAAAGAUAUCCAGGCUUGACAGGGCCUUCGCCCAGAUCGCUUUUGUGGACAACAACGACCAGCCCGUGCCGGUGCCGGCCCACAUCUCUGUCGUCUUCCAAAACGACCAGUCCCCUGCCGCCCGGUUGGGCAACAUCUUCCUGAUUUCAUGGGUCGAGAAUUACAUGGUACUGUUCAACGGUGUGGAGCUGUUCAGGCUGGAGAACCAGAAGCAGCAGGCAAUUGGCGGUGGCGCCGAUCUAGAGACUCGCAUCGUUCAGGCUUAGAUGCUGAGUGAUGGCGUAGGUGAUGGCUUGACGAUAAACAAGCUUCUGUUGUGCGCAUCGAGCAUGUUUUGCAUCUUUGUCGGAGCUAUGGACAAGAGGGGUGCACCUACACCAACGAAAAUACUCGGCCAGGUGUGGCGUGGGCCAGGGCCAGGGCCGCCCGCAGGUGUGCCUACCAUGCCGCCGCCUACUAUUCCGGAGCGGCAGCCGCAUGCAGGUGCACGAACCACCCCCGGGCUUUGAAGGGUGGGUAAGUGGGAAACACAAUUCUCACGAAGGCGCCUAAGGUCAACGCCAAGCCAUUAGACGGUGACAACUACAUAAAAGUUAAGAAGCAAGUAGUCAAGUCUACCCCAGCAGCAAACAGUCAACCAGGAACGUCGUACAUCGACCUGAUGAGGGCUCAAGGCGCUCCAAAACCACAUUUUUUGCUGAACGCCAAAAUAUAAUGUCAGGUGUGGCGUGUGUGAGACGUGUUGCUACAUAGGGUUUGACUCUGGGUGUUAAACUGUUAAUUCAUUCUUCAUUCCUUACCACGGCUGAUCUAGCCAGUCAUCAUGCCAUACCCCCAUGUUAGGGCCUCAUAUGUAUGAUGUAUCGCAAAGCGCAGCUGAAGAGACUUCCCACGAUCUUCGCAAUCGUGCUUUUGAGGAGGCUUCCGCCUUCCUCUAUCUCUCCCACGGACCUCACUAAGAAGGGCAACAUGUAUGCAGAGGAGAGCUUGGUAAUGUUUCGGGAAGGCUCUCCUGCGCCCUGCUGAUGGGG